AUGGCGGAAUCCACAGCCUUGGUCUCAACUCUAGCUUCUCAGGUUUGCAAUCAAAUAAGCUCUGUUUUCAGUAAACCAACCUCAGGCCCCGCCGCCCUGGAUGUGAUUGUAGAAGAAGUCGCGGCGGCUGCCGCUCGCGACGGCCGCAUCUUCGUCUACGGCGUCGGCCGAGAAGGGCUGAUGCUGAAGGCCUUUUGCAUGAGGCUUUUCCAUCUGGGCCUCUCAGCCCAUUGCGUCUUCGACAUGACCACUCCACCGAUUGCAUCGCCUGAUCUGCUGAUUGCUUCAGCUGGGCCUGGGGGAUUCUCCACCGUCGAUGCCAUUUGUGGGGUGGCGAAAUCGAACGGCGCUCGGGUGCUGUUGCUGACAGCUCAGCCGAAUUCUGGAUCUUCGGUGAAGUACGCUAGUGUGGUUGCUCAUAUCCCGGCUCAAACCAUGGCGGACGAUCGAGUGGCGGCUGACGGCGGAGGAGGUGGGGAAUCAAGGCCGUUGCUUCCAAUGGGUAGCCUUUACGAGGGAGCCAUGUUUGUUUUGUUUGAGAUUGUGGUCUUCAAACUAGCUGAGGUUCUAGGUAAGGACCCUGAAGAUGUCCGAAGUCGCCAUACCAAUCUUGAGUAG